AUGGAAAACUCUCAUCAAUCUUCAACCUCUGCUAGCUUGUUGAACAAGCCAGGUUCAUCUGCACUGAAUCUUAACUCUUCUAUAGAUCUUUUUGGUGAUGAGAACCUUCAUUCUAUGCCUCAUAUGUUUAUCAUGAAUCCUCAAACUUCUCUGAAUUUUCAGAUUCCCUCAAAUUCUCAAAAUCCUUCAAAUAUGCGAAUUUUUUCAAAAACUCAGAUCCCUUCGUCUGCGAAGAGUGUUCAGCUUCCAGGUGUCCAAUCGAGUGUUCCUGAGUCUAAUGGUUUUCAAACUUCUUUGAAUUGUCAAUUUCCUUCGAGCUCCCAGGUGCCUUCGAUAGAUAGAACUUUUUCGAUCCCGUAG